CAAAGAAUUAAGCAUUUUAGGUGGGUUAUACUCGGGCGUGAGCUAAAAUGAGAAAUAAUGUAAAGUAUUGAUUUUUUUUUUGUACGUUUGACCCUUUUGGUUUAGUAAACUCGUCGCGUAGUUUUUUAUAAGCAAUUAAUGACUAUUUCAUAAUUUACUUUGCUUAUGUACGAUUCAUUACUGUUUGUUAUAUAAUUUGUGUAUAAUAAUUGUACUGCUGCCGUCACUGGAGAGCGUAAUAUUGUGAUGAAACUGAGCCGAAGCCUUUCUAAACUAUGUAAACGGAAUGUGAAAAGGAAAAUGAAUGCAGUUCAGGAGUCCAUAGGUACAGAAUUGACGAACGAUUGAUUUGGAAGGUAUCUAUUUACACUUACUUUGUGGUAAUAAUUAGUAUCCUUCCACGAUAGUAGCUAACCCAAUAAUUUACGUACUGCUUAUGCCACGCUGAGAUAAUAUCUAAUAAUCUAAUAAUGAUAUAGAACUUUUUUUUCUAUAAUGGUUGAAAAACAACUAGGUUUUCUAGUACCUACCCAUAAUUUUUAAAAAAAUUCCAAGGCUCCAUUUAUCGAUUGUCAAUAAUAUAGAUAUAGGCUAGUGGUUCCCAACGGGAGCGAUAACGACCCCCAUGCUGGAGAACUUGUUUUCAGUAGUAGAGGGGUAGCGGUGGAUGUGUUAUCGUAUAUUAUGCUCCAUUCGCGGAACGAAAAUAAGUUCUAUUUUGGCUAUUCGAUUUGCAUUUUUUUUUAUCAACAAAGAACACUUCUUAAGUGUAAUAUUUCAAUUGUUUUUUCAAUUUCGUAAUUAAGCAGCCCCUCCUCUUUUUCCAAUACCCUUAAUUCGGUGAUUUUCACAUAGGGGGCGUUGAAAAAUAUUUUGCUCCUCGAGCGGUAACUUUAAAAAGAAUGACAAACACCGGUAUAGGUAAGAUAUUUUAAGGAUAUGGAAGUAAUAAUAAUUGAUACAGAUUGCUGUCAAUAUAAUAUUUCUAUGUUACGUAUUAGACACAUCCAAUAAAACUGUUAUCGUGUUUUACCUUUGUACCUAACUCAUAUCGUCAUCUACAUGCCGACCUAGCGAACUUUACAAUAUUUUUUUCGUCUAAAUUUAGAUUUCAUAUCUACGUCCUUUCCGUUGAGUUUUUACCCUUCAAGUGCUGCGUCUCUUUUCCCAGUCAUCCAGAAAAAUCGAGAAUUUUCGGACUCUGUUCUCGUAGCAGACUACAAGAACUUACUAAAACUAUUAUAUUUUUUAUUGAUUUCAAGUGUUGAAUUUCAAUAACAAAUUUAACGUUGAACUACUUUGUUUUUUGUAAUUUCGGACACGUAGAGGUUUUUAUUCGAAAAAUGAUUCGAGGAACUUCGCUCAGAAUCGUUCUUCGUUAGCAAUGGUUUAUCUUCGCGUACAAGUUUAAAAAUUAAAUAACCCCGUGUACCUUCCCAACCUUCCACCUACAAUAGUCAUCCGUCAUCUGCUGGUCAUCUCUUUUAUUUUAUACAGCUAAGUACUUUAAAAGAAAACGGAAAUUCAAUAAAUUAAUUAACGACACAAUAUUUUAGUAUCGAAUCAAUGGAAUACCUACAAUAAUAUUGUAAAUUUGUCCAUCGACGUGUGGACACGUACAAGUCUUUAUUAGAUAUUUUACUUUGGUGAAAAAUAAAAUUUUGUAAAAAGCCACGACCCGAGGGUAAAACCGCCACUGUCGUUACCUUGGUACUGGAACAGUGUACCGGACGGGGUAGAUAUUCGACCAAGUCGACGAAAGUUAUACCUACGCGCACUCGGGUCGAGGUUCUUGUAACUACGCGUUAUAUAAUUUAAACUACCAGUAGGCAAUUACAAUACUAACGUAAAUAACCAGCGGUCACGUUGAAUUUGUUUGGGUUCAAAAUGUCAAAAUGGUUGUACGACGCAAUAAUUGAGUAGGCGUAGGCACGCGGUACGUCUGCGGCCUACCUUGUGCAAGGCAAAUUCGCCCGUAAAAACAAGAGAAAACGGGUAAAGGGCUCGAAACCGAGAGGCCCGGUGAUGCACGCCAAUCUCAAAAUCUUCCGCCCGUAUAGUUCGAAUAUUUGAAUUUGCGCACCACACGCGUCCAAUAAACAAAUACCGAUACACGAGAUCCGGAACUCGCCAACGCCCGCAUCAGUACCUCUCUCUCGGCGCACUCGGUAAUGUGCCUCUUUAAAUCUAUCAGAGCCAUAAAAUAGGUUUUUCGUCUCUAUACUUAUCCGCGUCCUGUCUCGCGCCAAAACAACAAGAACGCCGGCUGAAUCGUCAAUUUCCGUAGCACUAUACCCAAGGAUUUAAAAAAAAAAAAAAUACAUUAUCAUUUCUACUAUAAAAAAAUUUUUUUUUUUUUAUCAUCAAUAAUCACAAACAAAGUUAUACGACUAUUAUUAUAUUUUCACGGAACAAAAAUGAAACGAAUUGAACUUAUUGUUCAUUAAUAAGUAACCGAUUUUUAUAAUAGACAUAUUUUUAUUUAUUUUUUUUUUUCUAUUCAAUAGUUACGAAGAAAAUUCUACGCUACAGUAUACUUUUGGGAUGCUACGACUGUGUGUCGAUUGUAAAAUGCCACGAUUAACAAUAACCUCGAAUAUUUCGCACCGGUUAUUUAUUGUCUAGACCAAAUAUUUUCGACAUAAAUCAUAUUGCCUGGAAAACAACUAUCUAGAUACUACACUGCACUGAUAGUAAAAUGUCACGGAUAACAAUUUCCACGAAUGUUUCUGGUCGAGGAAACUGUUAUUCGUGACAGUUUAAUGUCUAUUAAUUGAUUUGAUACCGAUUUGUUUUUAACUAUAAUUUUAAAUGAUAUUUUCAAAUUAAUCUGUAAGUGUAUAUAAUAAAAAUAAAACGAACUGAUUGAUCUAUAUACGCGCAGCUCAAACCGCUGGACAGGGCUGGAAUUCGACACACAGAUAUGCAGCUAAGCUAUUAUGACGUAGGCAGAAAGGAUUUUUGAACACUCAACCCCUAAGGUGAUUAAAAUGUGUUAAAAGGGGUAAAAAUGGCAAACACCUAGCAGCGUAGCGGCAACUGGUAUUUUAACUUUCAUCGAAUUUUUACACUUCAAUUGUUUUUUUUACUCUCAUUUAUGAUCAUAAACCACCGAGCGUUGAUAAGAAAUCGAGGUAGUUGUCAAACGAUAACGAAGCAGUUGCUCGUCACUACAGAUGUGAUCUGUUACAUUGUUUGUUGUAAAAAUGAAUGUUCCAGAUACAGUGGACGUUCCAGACAACCACUUUGAUAGCAUCCAAAUGUUUGAUUUCGAGGUGGUUGUCAACAACGGAAGCAGUCGCUUUUCGAUGCAGUCGCGAUCUCCCGAUAAUCCCCAUAUGGAAAAUAAUGAGUUUAUUUAUUGAUAUUAAUUAUUAAUCUAAUAAUUGGACGACGUAUUGAUAUAAUAUUGAAAGGAAAAAAAAAUUAAAAUUAAAAAAUGGAAUAAUAAUUACAAAAUAAUGAUGAAACGUUGAAAAAUGUUUGCGACUCCCGUGAUAUUAUAUCGUCGGAUUAUAAGAUUAAUAAUAUCAAUAAAUAAAUUCAUUAUUCCCCAUGUCGGUUUUAAUUAUAACAUUAUUGAUUAUUUGCGAUAAACGCCUAUGGCGGGGGCAGCCAAUGGCGACAGCACGCAUUUCCCGUCGAAUCAUUUUACAUUUUCACGAUGCAUUUAUCGUCAUGCGGACGGCGGGGCGAUAACGAGCCAGUACGGUACGUUUUUCGCUGGAACGUGUUUUCUUCGAUCAGUCCCAUUAAACGGCGACGACGUUCGGGGAGUUUGACUAGUAGAAAACCGGACCUUCCGCCGCGUACACGAUUGGUUCUCGUUAGUUUUAUCUGCUUGCCUUCCGAAAACUGGACAUUUUCGCGUCCCGAAGAUUCGCCGGGGGACAGCGCGAUAAAAAAGCGGGACUGUCCCGUCCAAAACGGGACGUACGAUCGCCUUGAUUACACCGAACUUCUCAGAUGUUAAUGAUGUCGGACUUUUAAAUGUUUUUUUUUUUUUUCCUCUCUUAUAAUCGUUACCUAUUCGUUUCCCAAAUCUUCAUACCGGGUACUCGUCAAUUUUAUUCGUGAUCUUCAAACUUCUUUCAUAUUUCCUUCCCCGGCCCGUAAAUUUUAUGCAAAUACUACACGUUAUAAUGGUAUCGUAUUAUAUUCCGGACCCCCCGCGGCCCGCGCCGGUUUCCGCUCGGCGAGACUCGGUAAUCUUUUUGAUGUCGAAAAUAACAACUGAUAUCGUAUAGGUUACAUAAUAGUUGAAUGUAUUACAAAUGUUCUGUUCAAAUCGCCUAUAUGUGUGUGUACAACCGUUUGAUUUUGAAUCGCGUGUUCGUUACAUUUACCAUACGGUUUAUCGUGCGGCGCGUAUAAACAGUUGACGCGAUAAUGUCUGCAAAAACGCACACCGGUAUUCGUUGUCCGUGUACCUAAACAGCCGUUCUCCCGCCCCGAUACGAAUCCGUUGACGACAUCGCGGAAUUUCCGAACGCAUUGUUCCGCCGGGCGCUGCGGAGGGUUCUUAUCGAAAAUUUCUCGUUUAUUUGCCGCGCGCGCGUAGACGACGGGCCGGCCACGAUGUUGUUACCGAUAUCGUCCGCGUUGUGAUAUUAUUACCGUUAUUAUAACGACGACGAAAUACGGCGAGGGACGGAACGACGGUUCCGUAAUAUCGCGCGCUACGCCGCGGCACUGCCUGUCUGCUAUUUAUAGCUCUCGCGGCGAAGAGCAAUAAAAUGUUACGUUGUUGUUGUUGUCGUUGUUGUUGUUGUAACGAAAACAAUAAAUUAUUGGCCGACGGCCGUACAGGAUUGGUGAUUUCCGUCGCGAUUUCCCGCGCCGUCACGACACCGUUGCCAUUAUCGACCGCGGGUGUAUCAUGAACGUAUGUUCGCUGGGAAAACAAAUUUACGGUAUCGACCUCGAGUGCACGUAUCGGUCGAUCACCGAUUUUAGCAACGCGUAAGUACCGAUAUAGUACCUAACCUACGUAAUAUACUACACGCACAAUUGUUUCACGUUUAGAUUUCCUUACCCCCCCCCGUUCCGCGCGCGUUUUAAUAUUGUAAGAUAUUAUUUGUACGUGUCGAUUUGUCGCGUGUUACACCCGCGGGGGAGUGCCCGGUUUCAGGGGUUCAAACCGCCCUCUAAAUUGCCUCCUUAAUUGUUAACCUUGUUAUUGGUUUUUAAAAAAAAAGUCUGCGAUCUGCGACAGCAUAACGACCUUUUUCGAGUUUUAACGUCGCAUAAAAACUACCUGUUAAAACCGAUUCGCAGGAUUAGCUUUUCUAAUCAAUCCAUAAUGACAUGCCGGUAGACCCAGACGAAGUAGUUUCAAAAUUUACUUAAUCUUCAAACAGAACGUAAUGCACACUAGUAUAAAUUACGAAAAGUAUUGGUUUCUAAAAAUUUGUUUAUUUUAUUAUUAUUUUUUACACUUUAUACGUGCGCUAAUAUUUUUAUUUACAGUUAUUUACAAGUUUAGAUAUUACUGGAUGAACGUCUGGGCUAGCUUGGAAGCAUACUUCAGUAGUAUUAUUGUUCUUGAGUUCGGAAGAUGUUAAAUUUGAAUAUUUAUUGUACCACGAAUCUAAUUCUCCGUUUAAAAUAUAAUCAUUUAAAUCUGAAUCGUUGCAUUCAUUAUAUCCUGAUAGGUUUCUACUAAUUGUUUGAAUUUACCUUUAAUAUCUUCAGAUAUUUUCAUUUCUAUCUUAGGUAAAAUACAAUCAAAAUUAUUCAAAACAAUUCUGUGCGAUAUAAAUCUUUCGUUCAAUUGGUCUAAACAAUUAUCUAUAAAAGGUAUGAAUACUUAAAAAAAUAUUCUAGAUCAUUUGAUUUAAAUUGACGUGGCAAACUAACAGUAAUAUCAAAUUUUCCACAGACAUUCAUUACGGAUAAAAAUAACUGUUAAAAAUCUACAUCAUAAUUUUCUCUUAUAUCCUGAAUAUUAUUUUGAACAUUAGCAGCUUCUAAUGCAGUUUUUAAAUAAAGAUUUACUAUUUGAAAAUAUCAGCUAAGUAUUAUUAUAAUAUACACACUACACUAGACUGGACUUGAAUAUUAUUAAAUUGCAUUAUUUGUGUAAACUGUUAAGUGCAAUAACACUUUAUUCUUUUUUCAAACUAUUGGAAUUUUUUUUUUUAUUUCGAAGACAUUUCGGGUGGGGGGUAACCACCUCCUAACAUACGCCCCUGCAUACGCCGCUGCACUUAUACAGAUUUUUACCUACCUACUUAUUUUAAUAAUGUAGUUGUAAAUUUGUUACUAACGUUAAAAAAUUUAAAUCACCCCCGAGACAAAAUCCUGGGCUCGCCCCUGAUUACCCGUGUCUUUACGUAUGAAGUGGUGCGCUCUUUUUCGUUAUUUUGUUUUGUCUUUGAUACCGCGAACGGGUAUUCAACUAGACGACUCGAUCCAAUUGCAAAAUGCUCCGACUGUAUCGGUCUUUUUUUUGCUUUUCUAACAUUUUUUUUAGCGUUUUUGUAUCUCGUUGACAGUGGGGGACACAGGGAUUUUCGCGGUGUGACGCUACUUAUACUGACGGAAAUGGGCCGAUGAAAAAUACUGCUAUUGUGUAAUGUACAUGAAGCAUACAUAUUCAAAGUUAUUACAAAAAUACUGUAAUCUAUAUAGGUAUCUUAAUUCGUGGUUUCACAUCAACUAGUAUAAAAUAUAAAAGUACCUACACGUCUGUAGUUGACUUUUCUUUUUUUUCUAACUAUUGGCUACAUUCUGUUUUUGGCUUUCCGUUGUCACUUGGCAUAUAUGUACAAUAAGUACAUAGUAAUUACAUACCAAUCAUAAUUAUUAUUGGAUACCUAUAAAUUCGUUAUGUACAAUUUCCAAAUACUUUACAAUCCGCGUCUGAUAAGUCGACACGACAGUGGCGGCGCAAAUAUGUGUUUGUAUGGUCAACCAAGAUCGUUUAAUUUUAUAAAAUUAUAACAAACAAUUCGCGUGGCAUGGCCAAAUCAUACAUCGCAACUAGUUUGGGCUAUAAUAUUACUGAUAAACGCCGCUGCCCCCUCGCCCAUUUUUAUCGGCGGCCGACGCGGACUGUACCUACCAAGUACCUAUGAAUUAUGAUUUAUAUUACUUAUGUACAAUAAUAAUAUUAUACGAUUUAUUAAAAAUUAAAUAUAAUUUUUGAAGCAAAAUGGAAGCCUAUACAUUAUACAAUAUAGGUAGUGGUAAAGUGAUAUUUAGGUAGACAUAUUUGUAUACAUUUUCCGUAAUAAUGAAUCCGAAUAUAAACUAAUUGUAAUUAUUUUUUAAAUACUUACAAUUAUUAUUGGAAAAUAAACCAGGAAGAAAGGAAGGCAUUAUAAGUAUACCAGAAACAAUACUUUAUUAACACAUCUAAUUAUAUAUUAUAUUUAUUUACACAUUUAUUUUACGAAAUCAAUAAAAAUAAUUAAAAUUAAAACUUCAAUGUUGUUAUUUAAACUCCUCCCUCAUUGUAUUAAGUUCAAAUUCUGAAACUUAAUAUAGGUACCUAAUAGUAUAUGGAAGACCUUUUUUUUGUUAGCACCGUACAUUUUUCUAUUGAAAUUGGAAUAAUGUAAUUCCUGUAAUAGUGUAUUAAAUUUAUAUUUUUUUCUUUAAAAAAUAAGUGGGGGUUCAUGGUGCAUUCAAGGUUAAGGUAAUUUUUUCGUUGGAUCUUGGAUAUGUUCAUUAUAUUUUUCCCGAGCUGGUUAGAUCAUACCUACCCGCCCCUGCUCGUUGAUGCAUUGGGGUGAUCGUUUUGUUUUUAUUCUCGCGUACUUCUCCCAAUAAUGGGUAAAACCGAGUAAAGAAAAAAAAAAUCGGGAUUAUCAAUUUCGCUUUAAUUCAGUAUAGCGUGGGUAAUGAUAAUGACGGACAACAAUAAAUACUUUUAUUUUUAUCAAAAGUAUCGGACUAGUAUAAUAGCCCACUGAUGGUGAUAGUUUCAAAUAAUUAUUAUAUAUUAACAAUUUAUACAACGGCGGUGUACAUUAUUUUAAAAAUAUUUUGUUUCUCAUCAAUUCUUCACGACUAUUUUGAAUUUUAAAGUUUUUUUUUUUUUUAUAUUAUUAUUUAUGUGUGAAAGGGCACUAAAGUAAUGUUUUUCUCCGUGUAUAUAAAUGUUUGAAGAAUUUGAUAUUCAACACUCGCCAGAUCCAUCAUAGGAAAAUAAAAAGACGCACUGGCGCCGAAGUUUUAAAAAUGCAGUCGAGCAAAAUACGUUUCAAGAGGCCCCAAUCACUAAACAUAGCCAAUUUUGUAUCCAAAAUUAUGGUUUGUAUUUCUGUAAUGAAGUAUUCAUUCAGUUUGGCUGCCAAAACUGCCCCAAAAUAAAGCGGCCCAGUACUUAAUUUUUAAAAAAAAUGCGAGCCAAGGCCCGACCUCAACAUUAAGUUCGGCACCCCUACAUGGGCGUGCUGUUAGUGGGAAGUCGAUAAGGUAUAGUAUUCGUAAGGUUAGCAAUUUAAUUCAUAUUUGUACGCAUUAAUAAAUUACUGUAUACGAAAAACGAUUCUGAGUUUAAAAAACUGAAAAUUAUUAAUUUGUAAAGACAAAAUUAAUUUUGUCGAUGUUUUUUUCCCCCAAUUACUAGGUAAACUACAAUGAAAAUCAUAAAAUGACCUCCCAAAUCCCAAUGCACCAACUAUACUUCCUAUACUGUACUUACAAAAUGUGCUCCCACAAACUACUUCUAUAGUUAAAAAAGAUAAAAUAAUAAUAAAACAAAAGAAAGCACACACACAUCUUAGUAACAUCAAUAUUUUAGAUUCAGAAUAUAGUGUAAAAUUUACUGGUUGUACAAAGAUGUUUAUGUUUUUUUUUUUUUAUACUGUGUACUAAAUUUUUACCAAAAAACUUGAUUCGAUCCAAAAUAUCAAAUAUAGCACCUUUUCGGAAAGAGAAUUUUCUGGAGUGGUACUUUAAGAAGGUCAUUUUUUGAUUUUCCUACGAGUUUUCCCAGUAAAAAGACUAAAAAUAGGAAAAUAUACAAAAUAUUGGUAUUAGUAAAAAAAUAUUACUGCCAUUUUUUUCUUGUGUACAACUUUUCUAUACUAGCAAUUGUGCUCCAAUUUACAAUGAUAGCAGUUUUUUGAAAGUAAUACUAUUAACCGAACUCCGCUCAGAAUUGUUUUUCAUUAGCAAUGAUUAAUCGUUGCGUACAUAUAUACAUUAAAUGUCCCCUCUACCUUCCGAACUUUUGACCUACAAUAAUGACCCAUCCUUCUGCGUAGUAUGUCAGUUUUAUUUUUUAGUUAAAAAUUAACAAAAUAACAAAGUUUCGUAAUAAGAAUCGGGUUCUGUUUGCAACAUAAUUCACCCUCGAAAUCAAAUUCGCCCACCGUGCUGAGUGCUGAGUUUCUAUGUCGAUGAAAAUUGGGUACAAUAUUCUAUGGCAUUGUUAAUACUAUUCAUUGUCAAAAGAAAAAAAAAAUCUAUAUUAAUACGGUCCACUAACCUAUUAAACGUCACUAAUUUUGGGCGACUGCCAAUAAUUAUUUAUAGUAUUGUGUAAGCUUUAAACUGAAUAAAAAAAAAAUAAAAAUAAAAAAUAUAUUUGACAUGCUCCGCAAAAUCAUGACGGCGACUUUCGGCAUCGGUCAAAUUUUGCACUGGAACGACAGGAAUCUAAUCGAGUUCCCCGAAGAUUUGAAACGGUACAAAGAUCAAGUGUAUCAACUUUACAUCAAAAACAACUUCAUUGAAAAGCUAGUAAGUUCAAGCUGUAUUUUUAUUAAUAAUUCAGUGCGUACCUAUCAAGUGACGUCGUGAUCAUAUUCCAAGCCAGGGGCGUGUAUGGCCGGGGUUUGAUUCCCGCAUCGCCUUUUAUUAUUAUUAUUACUAUUUUAGAUAUUUAUUGCAAAAUUGUUGUGUUCACUGGGGGCCCCAUUGCCAUUAUGUUGUCACAUGCAAUUUUGACUUUUUAAUCUGCAGUCCAAAUCAUAUAAAUACAAAUCGAUUUUUAUUAGAAGUUGAUAUUUUUUUUUUCAUAAAUUUUCUAAACCAAGGGUAACAAAGUUUUAAAUUGUUCAUAUAGUAUUCCGGCAUCCAGAUGCCCCUCAAACAUCUGCUGCCCGGGGCAAGUGCCCUUAAAACCCUCCGUCAAAUACGGCCCUGGUUAAAUAUAUAAUCGUGAUUUUAGUUGUGAGUGAAAAAAAUUAAUCAAAAAUGAAAUCUUGUAGUAAUUGCGAAAAAAAUAAAAACUGCUAAAAUAUGCAGGGGAUACGAGAAAAUAUGUCUUUGGGGGAGUUGCUACCAUCUCACAUAUUUCCUAGAUGUCAUCUCCGAUCCUAACCCCUCUAUUUAAAAAUCAUGUAUACGCUACUGUAUCAAACCCUACAAGUAAAAUAAAAUGUAUCCAUUUCCUCUCCCAACCCGAAUUACAUUUCUUGGGCCAAGCAAUUGCAUUGAGGAAAUAUCGUUCACCGCGUCACUGUAUCUACUGCCGUACCUAUAUUAUAUUGUUUAAUUUUAGUAUAUUAUUUGUCGUUCAUAAGUCAUAAUUUAUUAUUGUGUGUGUCUGUUUCUGAAAUCAUAUAAUAUUGUGUUUAUUAUUUUAUUUCUUAGCCAAGAUGGAUAAACAGUAUGGCGAAACUGACCCACAUUUACUUGGGAAACAACAAACUGUCGAGUUUUCCCGAAGAAUUGACUCAGUUGAUAGGUUUGGAAGUGUUAUGCGCGCCUUGCAACUUUAUAACGCAUAUCCCUCCCGCGUUGUCAACACUCAAGCGACUUACACAACUUAACUUGUCCCGUAACAUGAUAAAAAACGUCCCUUCCGGUAAGUAACUUUAUUUAAAAAAAAAAAAAAACAAUUUAUCCUUUGGUAUUAACCUAUGUGUAUUCUAACUUGAAUGAUUAUUAUUACAAUGUCAUUGAUACACGUAUGUUUUGUUCUUUUCGCAAAUAAUAACGUGAAGAAAUCGUCAACAUGCAGUCUCUGUGGUUACUGGAUUUAUCCCACAACGAAAUCGAAACUUUACCGGAAAUCUACCCCGAACAGUUGUAUUUGGGUGAAAUAUAUUUGAACGGCAACAGACUAAUUUGCGUACCAGAUAAUUUGGCUCGUUUGAAAAAUAUCGAAUAUCUAUCACUCACCCACAACAAUCUUUUGUACGUGCCAGCGGUAAUCUUCAGAGAGGAAGCAACAGUCAAAGUGGAUCAUAAUCCUUUUUUGAAUUAUGUGCCGUUGAAUAUUAAGUAGAUACCUACUAACAAAUUUCAAAAUCAAUAGUUUACUGGUUUUUGGUUAUUUUUUUUUUUAGAGCUGACAAUUGCGGUACUCAAAGUUUUUUAGAAGUUCAUAAGUUACCAAAUAUAACGCUGACGUGCAACGAUCACAAAUUAAUUAUAUCACCAAAAAUCAAACAAAUAUUUAGUGUUCGAGGAACAGCAGUUCACUGUCCCUCGUUAAAAGAAUUCGCUCUCAGGGUUCUGUACGUUUGGAAGACUCCAUUUUCUCAAGAACAUAUCCCUAAACAUUUACACGAUCAAUUAUUAUCCGGGCCAGUCUCUUCUUGUAUGCAUUGUUUAAGGCCCAUGUUUACAUACAGUUACAUAUGUUUAAUAAAACAUGAGUAAGCCAUCAUAUUUUAAAAUUGUCUACCAAUAAAUAUACCAAGUACUUGGUAUAUAAUAAAUUAAAACAUAUUAUUUUAUCCAUUAUGGCUAUACACUAUACAUUUAUGUAUAUGAAUUAUAGAUUAUAAACUACCAUUUCUAUAAUAUGUGCCGAAAAUUACUUUUUUCAGUUUUUGUGUUAGACUAUAAUCAGUGCUUGAAUUUGGGGGGGAGCUGGGAAGACCGAGAACCACUUAUUUUUUUUUUUAUUAAUGUUUUAGCGUACCACUUCUAAUUUUUCUUUAUGGUCUUAAUUCGGUCGAAUUCAAUAUAAGGGACACUAUUUUUUUUCGGCAUCAUAAUACCGCUUAUUUUAUUUUUCCAAUUCAAGCACUGGUGCUAAUACGUAUUUAUACAAUAAUUAAACAAUAUACUCUUAUUCAAAACUCAAAUACAACUAUGUCGUUAUUUUGAUUAACUGUUUUUAUUUUACAGGUCACAAACUUAUUUUAAUAUUCAAUAUUUCUGUUCUAAACCGUGUUAUGGAGCAUUAAAACAAUUCUUACAAAUUCGUUAUCAAAAUGAAAUUAUUUUACAAGAAAUGGAUUUCACUACUAAACCAUAUGGAUAUUUACCACCCUAAUUGUAUUUUUUUUCUUAUGUACCCAUUGGCAAUUCUGUUUACCUUUUUUAUUUUCUGUUUCCUAAUGUUUUAAUUUUUU